AACAGUUAAAGUAAACUGGUUAAGAUUGAAGCUAGCUCACACCUUCCUCAUUUUCUAUAAAGUGGAGGAAUAUGCGAUGCUAAAUAAUUAUGUCCACCACAUCAAAAAGUCUUCGAAAAUGUAAAUAAUAUAAUCAGCAACUAAAUUUUUUAAAACUUUCAUGUUCUUUCAGAUAUCCAGGUGGCCUUAAUACUUUGGACAUGCUUUAUACUAUAUAUAAUAUUUAGCGACACAAGUUAUCCAGAUGCUAAUAACAGUAUAACCUUUUCUUAAUAUUUCUUCAACAGAAUUGACUUUUUUUUUUCACUGUGAAAGUAGCUUUGCCUGUCAUACACGUUGGUUUAACUUCUGACGAAAACACGAUAAUAGGAGCAAUGGCUACAAUAAAUAGUGUAAGAAAGCAUACUAAAAGAUCUCAAGUAUUCUUCCAUCUAGUCACAACGAAUCGUUUAAGUAAUUAUAUUCGAAACUGGAUUUCAAAUAGCGAAUUGAGAAAUAUUAAUUAUGAUAUUACCGAAUUUGAUACAAGUUUACUGCAUUCAAAAGUUAAAUUACACUCUGGAAGACCUGAAUUAGCUAAACCUAUGAAUUACGCGAGAUUCUACUAUCAAAUAUUAUUUCCUCACUUGAAAACAAGAAUUAUUCAUUUAGAUGAUGAUACAAUUGUUCAAAGGGACUUGACAGAAUUAUCUAGAGUUUUUAUACAUGAUGGGCAUAUCGCUGCCUUUGCGGAAGAUUGUAAUUGGUUACUUCAAAAGAGUUCUACUAUGAAUAGAUACGAAGAUUAUUUUAAUCUGGAACAUGAAUUAGUGAAAAGAUAUGAUGUUAAUCCUAAAGCAUGUUCAUUCAAUACUGGUGUAUAUGUGGCUGACUUGAAAGCAUGGAAACAGCAUGAUAUUACCCAGAAAUUAGAUGAGAUCUUAAUUGCUAAUUAUAAAGAUUACGUCUACGGUAAUAAAUAUGGAGGGGGAGGAUCUCAACCGCCAAUGAUGUUGGCAUUAUAUAAAAAAUAUUCAAAGUUGCCGGCAGAAUGGCAUGUUCAACAUUUAGGAGAUGUUAAAGUUGACUCUUUAUACUCAUCUGACUUUAUUGAAAAUAAAGCAAAGCUGUUACAUUGGAAUGGUAGAUUAAAACCAUGGAAAUUAACUUCCCCGUAUCAUCAUAUUUGGAAACGUUACUAUGUAGCAGAUCCAUCAAAAAGAUUCACUUUGUCACCUAAUACUAAUAAAAGCUUCAAAGAGCCAACUUAA